UUGAUCGGCGCUUGUCCGUUCCGGUGAAACGCCGGAACGCGAACGCGUUUCGAGAAAACGGAGCGUUUUUUUCGCCGGCGAGCGCGACGUGAUCCGCGACGUUCGACCGCGAGGCGCCACUGUCGAUAUGUAAUGAAUAUAGCACGUAGAGCAGACGACGCACUUGAAUUGUCAACGCGUGCAAACAUGGCGUCCGCAACGUCGUAGCGAGUCCCGAAGUAUACGCUCGAUUGUCUCGUAUGCGAAAUAUAAGAGUCGUGUUUUAUUGCGGAGGAGAUCUCGAGAAUAAUUCUAGUUGGCGAAUUCUAGUCGGUGGAAAGUCGUUGUUCUGACAUUCGCUUGCGCACACAUUUCCGUACCUUUACUGAUGGAUGAUGAUGCAAUUGCUUUCGGAGAGGAAGAGGCUGCUCAAAAUGCCAACAAACUUAAACAUCCAUACAUUACAUUGUUUCACUUGGCCUUCAGGAUAGCAGCUAUAGUAGUUUAUAUGCUUUGUGGUUGGUUUUCAAAUAGCUUUAUAGCGAGUUUUGUAACAGUGGUACUACUUUUGUCAAUGGAUUUUUGGACCGUUAAGAAUAUUACCGGAAGAUUAAUGGUUGGGCUUAGAUGGUGGAAUUAUGUGGAUGACGAUGGCAAAAGUCAUUGGGUUUUUGAGUCUAAAAAGGGUGCACAACAGAACCGUAUUAAUGCAGCAGAGGCGCGAAUCUUUUGGUUGGCGUUAAUUUUGUGUCCACUUUUUUGGUCAAUAUUAUUCAUUGUUGCACUAUUUGGUUUUAAAUUCAAGUGGCUUUUACUCGUCAGCAUUGCCAUUGUUUUGAAUGGCGCAAAUCUAUAUGGCUAUGUUAAAUGUAAAAUGGGAAAUGAUCAAAACAUUUCAACAGCCACCACUGAUUUCUUCAGAAAACAAGUGAUACAAAAUGUUGCUUCGAUAAUGACCAGGAGUCCUCCAACGAAUAAUUUCAAUCAACCAAGUAAUGUAAUAUAAAUUUGUAAAUUUGUAAGCACACUAUAUAAUAUCUGUCAUCUCAAAUUCAUAUAUGCCUGAUAGCUUAAUAAAUAUUUGCGAAAUA